GCGUGACCCGACAUUUGAUCCGAUAGGAAUGUGUUGUCCUGUCGCUAAAGUUUCCGGCUUUGAGCUUUAGUCCACCCCGAUUUAAGUGGGUUUCCUUUGUUUGCACGCUAGCACCAGUUUUUGAAUUCCAUUUGGUAGAGCUGAUAGAGAAUGAGAACUCUUUGAAUCGGCAACCGGGUAAUGGGCAGCACGGGAGUUGGUUGGAGUGAUGUGAGUUUGAAAUUGCUGAGCAUCCGUUUUGCCUGAAUCCAGCGUGACCCAAGAUUUGAUCCGAUAGAAAUGUGUUGUCCUAUCGCUAAAGCUUCCAGCUUUGAGCUUUAGUCCGGCCCGAUUUAAGUAAUAGCUGGAGCAAUGGAGUGACAUCAUAUUCUCCUCCUGUUCAGUUCCAAAUCCUUUGUCCUUCAAUCUCAGAUGCGAACUCUCACUAUGUGCUUCUCAAUCUUACAAAUUUCAAGAGUUGGAAUACCGAGAUUGGCUGGUUUCUGGCGUCAAAGCUUCCACACUCUUGGUAGACCUGACAAGAACGCUUCUCACUUUACAUUGUUCAGUUCAAAGACUUCUGGGCUUGAAGGAGGAUACAGUAGGAAAUGGAUAAGGAGACCAUCUUCUUCAAGAACAGGGGGAAGGAACAAGACCCUAGGCAAUAAACACAGUGAUGUUAGGGAUGGAGUUUCGGAUGCUAUAAUCUCUGCAAGCACAACGCUGAACAUAGAAAAAACAGGAAUAACCGAGUUCUGCAAAAUUGAGUAUUCUGAUGUUCAACAAAAGAUUGCUGAGAACAAAGAAUUAGCCAGCCUUGUGACCCUAAUUGUCUUUGAUCUGGAGACUACAGGAUUUAGUAGAGAGAGUGAAAGAAUCAUUGAGAUUGCGUUGCAAGAUCUUUCAGGGGGCAAGAAUAGCACUUUCCAGACGCUUGUAAAUCCAGGACGUUCUGUUCCGAAUGCUUAUAUUCAUGGCAUUACAACCCAUAUGGUGAACAGGCCUGAGGUUCCCAGGAUGGAGGACUUGAUACCGAUAUUACUUCAAUUUGUGAGGAGCCGCGAAAAAUCUGGGGGAUUAGUCUUCUUUGUCGCUCAUAAUGCUCGACGUUUUGACGUGCCUUUUUUGUCAAAGGAAUUUAAUCGCUGCUCCUAUGAGAUUCCUGCAAACUGGCUAUUCAUCGACACACUUCCUCUGGCACGUGAGUUGAUGAAAUCUAAAGGAAUGAAACCUUCUUCAAGCAUAUCGUUGCAAUCGCUUCGCGAGCAUUACGGAAUUCCAUUGGUGGGUUCAGCUCAUAGGGCUAUGUCGGACGUGAACAUAUUGUCAGCAAUUCUUCAGAGAUUGACACACGACCUCAAGAUUCUGCCCUCUGACCUCGUACAGAGAUCUUUCAAAGCCACAGAUCUCAACAGUGUCAAGAAGAAGAAAAGUUCAAGCUGAUUCUUUCAUCCAUGCUUCAUCACCUCUUCAAGCAGAUGCUUAGGAGUGAUGCUAGAGCAACAGGGAGCGGCUGCUGCUCGUGACAAAUACUGGGGCAUGGAAAUUUCGUCAGAUUAGCAAUCUUGAAGCAACCAUUGUUGUAAUUUGUGUCCUAUCAUUAUUUAAAGAAAUGAAAUUUCAAAUGCCUUUGGGGCUACAA